AAAAACCGCUGUGGAUUAUUUGGGAAAAUCUAAUUAAUUCACAGCUAACGCCGAUAUGUGCGGGAUAUGACCAACAAUUGCUGGUAGACACCGCGCUUGUGCCAAGUGAUAUCGAUUCUCUCCAGCCUCCCUGCAGCCGCAAUUUGAUCUCAAAGUCCCUUCGCCUGCAUGGCCGCAGAGCAACAUGAAGAGACAAAAUGUGCGAACUCUUUCGCUCGUAGUAACCACAUUCACUUAUCUACUUAUCGGAGCGGCGGUCUUCGACGCCCUGGAAUCCAAGGAGGAGGAGAAACGCGACCAACUGUUGAAAGGUACACGCUUCACUGGCAGGCAAAAAGCGGGCAAUUUCUCGUUCAAGUCUCUUCAAGCUCAUUGAAGACGAAAUACAACAUAACUGAAGAAGACUACAAGAUGAUCGAGCUGAUGAUCAUCGAGUACAAGCCGCACAAAGCGGGACCCCAAUGGAAAUUCGCAGGCUCGUUCUACUUUGCCACCGUAGUGCUGGCCAUGAUCGGCUACGGACAUUCGACCCCAGUUACGGCCGGUGGAAAGGCCUUUUGUAUGGCUUAUGCGAUGAUUGGCAUCCCGCUCGGACUGAUCAUGUUCCAGAGCAUCGGCGAGCGGCUCAACAAGGUGGCCUCGAUCAUCAUCAGGCAUAUCAAGAAGUAUAUGAAGUGCGAUAAAAUCGAGGCCACUGAAAUGAAUCUUAUGUUCGCCACGGGAAUGCUUUCUACAAUAAUAAUCACUACUGGCGCCGCGGUUUUUUCUCGCUAUGAAGGAUGGACGUACUUCGACAGUUUCUACUACUGCUUCGUCACUUUGACUACCAUCGGGUUUGGAGACUACGUGGCCUUGCAGAACGAUAACGCCCUGAUAAACAAGCCUGGUUAUGUGACUCUCAGCUUGGUCUUCAUCCUGUUUGGCUUGGCUGUAGUGGCGGCCAGCAUCAACUUGUUAGUGCUCAAGUUCAUGACUAUCGGGCCAGAGGAGAGCAGAAAAGAUGACCAGGAUCUUCAAUCCUCAUCCCAUCACGUUUUUGCUCUCGACGGGGAAAUGAUGAACGUGAACGGCAAGCUACUGGCUGGACACAACUUUAUCGACGACGACUUCGAUCAGACGUCGGUCUGCUCGUGCAAUUGCCUUGGAUUGACCCAUGCAGACAACGAGAGGCUCUUACUCGAUACGUGCUACCAUCCCACGCACAAUCUGCUCAACGUGACACUAACGACGAAAAGGGCAUCCGUUUGACAUCGCCGGAAGAGAACUAGCGUUUGAGGAAAAUAUUAAACAAUGUAUUCCUUACCGGUGCAAAAGAAAUUUAUCCUAAAAAGC